AUGGUCGUUAGAUUUGUCCAAGCUUUCCAUUUGAAUCAGAGUCCGAUGACGAGGCUUAGCACCAAUGGUAGGAGAAUGAAAACCGUGAACCUCGGACCAGACCAGCCCAGCUCAAGCUCAAUUCGCCCAGGCAAGCGCGACAUGGUCAGGGACGCGCCAUUGUUCGUAUGUAUGCAGAAGCAAUUGCAAGUCUGCAACGCCCUUGCUGUCUAG